AGCAGGCACAAUAUCGUUGAAUGUGCAAAAGUAAUCAUCUGUCGGCAGUAAACGAAAGUGAAUGAAACAAAGGAACUAAUUUUUGUGCUAUCCAAAAUAAAAAAAAAUAUUAUAAAAACAAAAAUUUGCCUUAAAGGCUGACAGAAUAGAAAAAAUUCACAAAAAUGAAGGCGGUUCUCGGUCUGGAUAAUGUUGCCUAUGCAAUCCUUGUGUUUGUUGUGCUGGCAAAAUUCAGUGAGGCAGGCCGUUUGAAAGUAAAAGAAUUGGACCAUGACAAGAAUCGUCGCGGAGCCAACAUGGGACUUUAUGCUUUCCCGCGCGUAGGUCGCAGUGAUCCCAGUCUGGCCAAUGGUGUUCAUGAUGCCGGCGAAUCGUCGGCAUUUGAGAGCACUUAUGGCGAUAGCUCCCAGGAGGAUUACGAGGAUUAUCAAAAACGGGCCUCUUUGGUGCCAUUUCCCCGUGUGGGUCGUCAGGAUCCCGAAUUGCGUAAAUUGGCUCGUUUAGUGGCCCGGCAACAGGCGUACGAUAAGCGUACAGGACCAAAUGCCUCGUCAGGAUUAUGGUUUGGCCCACGCCUGGGUAAACGUAGCGUCGAUGCCAAGGAUUAUCCAGUUGCUGCUGACAAGGGACAGAAGGAGUUCAAUUAAAUAUACCAAAGGAUAAAUGAUUUUUGAAUAUGAAUCCGCAUGAUAAUGACACGAGCAAUUAUUUCAAUUUUUGGGCCUCAAUUUUUUGUAAAAUUAUUUAAUAGGAUCAGCUUCUUAUGGAACAUUUUAAUGGGUAUAUAACAAAUAUGUUUGUCAGUUAGUUAAAUGUAAUAGAAUAAACAAAACAAAAAAAAAAAAACCAUAAACCAACAAAAAACAUGACCGAGAACAACAAUAAAACGCAAAUUGGGCUGGUGGGGAUUUUCAUUGGACUAUGAUGAGAUUAAAACAAAAACUUAUCUGCUUCAGUGAAAGUCUUUAAAUUAACAAGAAACUCUUAAUGAAUGCAUGUAAAUAAAUAUAAAUAUUAUGGAAAAUAAAAUCGGAAAAUUAUGUUC